AUGCUCGUGUUUCUCUCGGCAUUGCUCAUUCCCACUUAUUCUUCAGCUGAGCAGGACGUUCUGGCCAUGGUUCCAAAUAUGUGCCCGGAAGAGGCUUAUCCCGAGGCGAUGCAGGCUGUAGAGGAGUCUCUGCGCCUGAAGUUCCAACGAGGGACAAUCAUGUCAUGUCGAUCCAGCGGGGGUGCUUCUAUAGGGCUCAAGCGGCAACGAAAUCUUUGUCUAGACACUGAUCGGGAGCUAUCUAAAGCAAACCGUUCUCAUGACACUUUUCUCGAGCAGUUCCUGGUACAGCAGCAACAGGUUAUGGCCGCACAACACCUAAUUUCACAACCGGGCACUCAGCCCGACGUACUUCGGCACCAAUACCAGCUUCCGCAAAGCCAGUUCGUGCAAGCUUCCCACCAGCACUUCGCUGAGAACCCCCAGCAGCACCUCCUGACACAAGACCAUCUGCUACGAGCCAUUGCUUCACCAGGAUCGAGUGCAGAUCCCACACCAGGACGGGAAGAGCCAGAACAGCCGCAACAGCAGCAAAUUGUUAUGGCGAUCCAAGGACUUCGCACACGAGGGCAAAACCAGCAGCCGCUAUUGUCACAUCAGUUGCCCUCAGUGGGCCCUACAGUGCAUGGGAUGAGCCUCCAGCAGCAGAUUAUGGGCGCAAAUAGUCAACAGGCCAGAACAACACCUGAAUGA